GGCCGUGAGUCUCAGAUGUUUCUCCUCACAUGUCAACCAACCCAGCUGAAUUGAUAGCAAACCAAAUAACUACCUCUUUUGAGCCGAUACUAUACCCUACGAAGUUACACCAUCCAAACAAGCUGUGCUGCAUCUAUUGCCCGUUCAACGACUUGGCUCCGCUUCUAUUCGAUCAGUAUCAUUGUGGCGCGUGUUGGUUUGCUAGAUCUACUACCGCUAUUGAGACGUCCUCGACUUUUUCCGCGGUGGGGACUCUGAUAUCUCCACGCCAGGCUCUACUUAACUCAGCUCCGUUCUCUGCCAUUCGAUCAAAAAAAAGCCAGGCUAUCUUUUCCUAAUAUCGAGCCCAGGCCAGGCUUACCUCAUUAUCGUCUCCAGGUCUCAUACAUACAUAUCAUACAGGACCCAGUGUCGUAUCGUAUGGUUCCAACUCUCCCACUUGCAUCACCCCAUCAUAUUGCCCCCAUCAAAUCGAGUCAAGCCGAAGCACCCAUCGUCAUAUUCACCUUUCUCUACACCAAGACCAAGGCAGCGAAGUCCAUUUACCUGCUCUGGCCCACUGCCUCUUGCCGUUGACGUUGAUCUGAAGUUCUGGGACACUGGAUGCUUCAGAGUUGCCAAUAGAGUUAAAUCGAUCCGUCUGUCGACUAUCGAACGGAUACUCCCUUUUAGAGUUCGACUAAUCAUAGAAUAUCUAAGGCUAUCGACUAAUUCCAAUUCUGACAAGCAUAACUUGGAACGGCCUAACGCCUUUUCAAUUGCACGCAUUUUACCGAAACCUCGCUGUAUCAUUCGUGAAUAGUUUCAGGGAGUGGAUGCCCCGGCUGGGCCAUUUCCUUCGCAAAUCGUAAUCGUCAGGACGACGAUUCACCGCCUCGUUGUCCCCAUUUCGCCCUAUAUUCUUAUUUGAUACUCUGAGCCUGCCUUUUACUGCGGUUGCCGUCCAGACUGAGCCCGGUACCUUGACAGACAAAUGAUACUGUUUUACUAGAGAGACCGGAUUUCUGGACCCGUUCAACACCGUACCAGAGGAUACGAUACGCUCAUUCGUGUUGUUCUUGCACUGCGUUGAGCCAGUCGAGCCAGGAAAGCGGAGUAUUACUUAGCAUUACCUCUUACUCUUACCCUUACCGUUCCUAGUAACAAGGCGGGGACCGAAUCCAUCCACCAGGGCAUUCUUUGGGAAUCUAUUCGAAUCCUCAGCAUUACUGCCAUUCCCAUAUAUCCUUAUUGAGGACCCAUUAGAAUCCUUUCUCCUCCUCCUUUUCCGGUUCCUUCGUUUUGGUGUGUUUACUUUCUGCCUCGUGUAUAGAGUACUCGCACAGCACAAAACGUCAACACCAAUUGUUCCUUCGCAUCACAUCACAUCAUCAUCACUGCCAUUGCCAUCUCCAGUACAAUUGCCAGUCCGACACACCACCAAGAGUUGCCCGGCGUCCAGACUCUACGCUUCAGACUUCACCCCUGGGAACCGGACUCUUCUUUUCCUUCUUCUCCGUGUGCUGUUCUUUCUACUCCUUCCUUAUCUUCUUCGCUACGAAUACUCCGUAUUCACUUCUGACGACGACCGCACGGAGCCAUUCUCUGUAUACAUCCGACCCGCAAGGCAAUUUGUACACAUCAUUCACUCCUCUGCCGGUAUAAUUCCACGCUUCCCAUUCAGUCCCUUGUGCCUAUGGAACAAUCUUGAAGAAGGUUACAAAUCGCCACACGCUUACGGAACACUUUUCUUUUUCUCCUUCGCUGGCUUCACGGGAUCUUGACUGGUUUCCGCCCUCCCGUUGAUUUCGCUGCGCCCUGCUGACUCAAGACUUCAACCCUUUGGUAUCCCUCAAUCCAUCGCCAAUCAACUCCAGCCUCUUCUGUGGACGUUUCCAUUUUGCCUUACCUCUUGCCUUACUUUUGCCUUUCCUCUUCCACGUGGUUCGCAUCUCGGUCCCUUGGUUGGAGCCCGUUUUCAUCCCAUAGGUAGUUUACAAUUUUAACGGGGUACCUGCCACUACCCAGUCGGGAUAAUCCGUGACCUCAUUCACCAUUCAUCUCAUCCAAGCCCCCAAGAACCUGGACCCCCAAAGAUUUCCAAGGAUUGGGAAAGAUCGGAUCCAAGAUAUUUCCAAAUAUCGCUCAACGCCUCUGUUGACAAAUUGUCUUCUCUUCAAUACCAUUCGGAUUCUUUGCAUAUCGACAAUUCCUCUACCGAUAUUUGAUAUUUGAAUCGUAAAUCCUUUCGGCUCUUUUCAGAUUGGAAUCGUUUCAACAUUCUUGCUUUUUCACAACAUUCUUUAAUAUAGCCAGCUUCACCACUUUCGCAUUGCAGUCAAUAGAUUUCUAUCUUCACUUUUCAUAGCAGAUCAACAACGCCAUCGACAUCCAAGAAUUCACUUUCAUCGAUUUCUUCGUUUGCUUCUCGACGACAAUGCAAUAGACCCGUCACGAAGGUUUGCAAUCUACGAGCAAUACAUUACGCAUAUUUCCAUCUCUCAUUACUUGAACCUAAUACCCUCACUUUCCUUUCGCCAUGAGUUCGCCACGCCUUCCUACAGAUCCAUAUAAAAUCCUCGGUGUUGAUAAAGAGGCGACAUUACCUCAGAUUCGAUUGGCACAUCGAAAGCUUGUUCUCCAGUGUCAUCCGGACAAAGUUCAAGAUCCUCAAUUGAAGGCAAUAAAGGUCGAUGAAUUUCAAAAAGUCCAAGAAGCAUACGAAAUACUGAGUGAUGUAUCAAGAAGAUCAGAAUAUGACCAAACUGUCAAAUUGCAUAAGUUGAGAGAGGAGUUGGGCAAAACUUCGACUUCGACUUCGACUUCGAAUCCAGUUUCGACUAGUAAAACUUAUGAAUACAAUGUUAGGACCGCAGAACCUAGAACGACAACAUACAGUUCCUCAUAUCCAAAGACUUCGCAAAAGCCAACAAAAGAGUCAAAUGUGUAUUCAAAACCGCCACCGAGAUCUUACGAGGAUUUGUAUGAUGAAACUCCGAGACCAUCUGUCAGGAGAUCCAAAACUACAACCAGAGAUUCGGAUAGAGACGAAAGGGAACGAAGAAGACACCAGGAAGAAGAUGAAAGAGAGAAGUUGAGACGGAAGAUGGAGAAGGAAGCCAAGCGUGAUCAUGGAGAUCGAAAGAAGUCUCGCGAAAAGGAGAAGAGACGUGGCACCGAAGAGAAAGUACGUCCAGGCACAUAUGUUGAAGACGAAUCCAGUGAGGAUGACUUUCGACGAAAAGCGGAACGAGCCGCACGAAGGGCAGAGGAAUUGAGGGCCGAAACUGCUGCUCGACUUCAACAGGAACGGGAGCGAGAGUGGGAGCACCGUGAUAGAGAACGUGAAAGAGAACGAGAAAUACGCGACAGGGAGAGGGAGAGGGAACGUGAACGGGAAAGAGAGAGAGAACGAGAACGAGAUCCUCCAGAGGUGAAAGACUCGCCGAUGGGAGAAAAGUGGAAGGAUCAUAUGGCGAAUGCGGCACGUUAUGUCCAAGCUUCACGCAGAGAGUCGGAUAUCAAACCAGAGGUGCCAUUUGCGCCUGCGCCACCUGCAAUGCCCACUAUGCGUCGAGCAGAAACAUUUGCUGCACCAUCAUCUACACCAUACAACGGUCACUACAAACCACACCCAUCUGCUGCUUAUGAAAACCAUAGUGAUGAUGAGACACCACGGAGAUCAGCAGCACGACCAUCACGCCGUUCUGCAGAAACUCCUUCGAAAAGCAAAGACAUGCCAAAGCCAAGUAGACGCUCAACUAGGGAGUCACCAUAUGUGAAUACCGCAUCAACUUCGCCUCCUACGAAACCUACUCUUAACAAACAAUAUUCGGAACCACCGAUAGUUGGGGUUGGAUCGGGUAGACGGGAGCCCAGUCGAUCGAAGACGGAGUAUCCUCGAGAGCCACCUCCACCACCUACAUUUACCAGAGCAGCUACAUUUACACAAGGCAUGGGUACGAAGACAGAUACUAGAGAUAGGGGUCGUGGACCAAUUCGGGUGGUUCAAACCCCAGCGUCAGACUCUGAUUCCGGGUCUGACUCCGAGUCGCCAUCACCAACACCACAAUAUUCCCAUAUUAGACAGCCUCGACGUGAAGCUCCCGAGACUUCUGGUACUACUAAAACUUAUGUCAUCGGUAGUAAUGGGCGAAGUGAACUCAAGGGUUCUUAUCGAUCGGAUCUCCGCGAUGGUGCUUACACACGACCUCGAAGUCCCUCCCCUCGUCGAACCACUCGUCCUCCAUUGGCACGAAAUGGCGGAAGUGCUUCUCGUCAGGUGCGAUCUCGGUCACGAGGAUAUCACCCAACAUCUGCGCCCGAGCCAACUGAGCCCGUAGUUGUCAAUGCGCAACCCAAACCUCGAGAGGCUUCUCGAGCCACAAGUCGCGGUGGAUAUCCACCACAAUACAAUGUCAACUUUUCUGCUCCAAUCACACCCGAAAAUAUUGUCUACUCGGCCGGAACCCAUUAUGUCGAUAGAAGAGCUGCCGAACAACCGGGAAAUCAUCGCGAUUAUACACCUUAUACCGCAGCUCGUGGUCGUGAAUCGGUCUACUAAACAUUUACUCAACAAGCUUUUCUCUUUUACAAUUUGUUACAUAAAUUAUCCUUCUUGUACCCACCUCGACUUUUUAAACACAAUACACUUUUUUUUACACAGUAACGACAGCGCAGCACAUUAUGAUUCCCACUUUUCUUUCUACAGUAUUUGCUGAUUGGGGUUUUUUCUUACUUUUUUUCUCACUUUUUUUUUUACGGGGAUAACACGAACACGACGAAUUAUGCAAUAAAACAGACAGGCUAUAGCAGCUAGCUAAUCGGGUCGAGAGGACAAGAGAAAUUUUCUCUGAUACAUCUAGCCGAGAAACUUGAGAUAAGAAGUCGUUACA